GUCGUUUUGCAUUUGUCAUAGCUCCUUUCAUCAAAAGAAUGUUUAUUUGCCUGUAUUAAUUGUUUUGAGCUAAGUAAGGUUGGGGAGGAAAUUAUACUUUUUGGUUUUAUAAUGGUAUAACCGUUUGCAAAUCGCGUCAACAGUGUCUUGUAUUUGGUUCGAUCAGUUAAUUUCCUGUCAGUGAGUACGGAGUGAAGACCAUCAUGGCUGCGGAGCACCAGUAUUUCUAUGAGGAUGAAGUUUAUAGAGUUAAUAAGAAGGGCAACAUAGAGUUUGGCAUGGUUUUGGAAAAUUCAGAGCUUGUCAGUAGUGAUGAGAAUUCGGAUGCAGAAGAUGGUGGCCGUAUGAAGAAAGGGCACAUACGUGUUGCGUGGCACCCAACUGGAGUGGAAGAAGUCAUUCCAGAGCGAAAGGUAUGUUUGGCCGAUCGUUCAUUGAUGCCCGGUGAUGUUGUUCGACGUAUGGUGAAGGGCAAGGACACACAGCGUGGAUAUUGUCGUGACAUACGAGUGACUGCCAGUGUCCAAGUUGUUGGCAGUAAGCAAGUCAUUCCAAAUGUCAAGAGUGAACACCUAAUACCUCUGGAGGAGUUUGCAGCCGAUAUUGCUGCCUGUCUUGAUUCCUGGGUAGGAGGAAUAAAAACUGUGCAAUCUAAACUUCAGCUACGCUGUGCUGAUGGGUCUCGAUGUGUUGUGAAUGACAUUGAUGCAUGUGGUUUAGAAGACUUCAAUGAAAAGCGAGAUUGUGAAUGUGAGUUUCCUGGUCACCGUGAAGACUUUUACCCAGGCCAAACUCUGUGGGGACCUCUACAUUGUUUAGAAGAAGCUGAUUGGGUCCACUGUACAAAAGAAAUGAAGGCAAUGCGUUCGAAACCUAACAAAUUUAUCAAAGUAGUGGUUGAAGAAGUUAAAACUGAAAGUGUUGGCGUGCACUGGCAGUGUCGUGCAUAUUCCCGUGAAGGAGCAGGCAAUGACAAGGAGCAGCCUAAAUUUUUAGUGCAGGGAGAAGACUUGAAAAGACUGAAAUUGCUGAAUGUGUUUGAACCUUGCACAUUGCAAGUUGGUGACCGAAAUUUCUAUACCUUCCGUGAUGAGGAUACAGUUAUCACCAAGGAACAGUGGAGGCGAUCUCAACGUGAGCUUAUACUGUCAUCAAAUACAAUUGUCAAUGGUCCAAAUAAGAGGAGCACAAGGCGGCCACGUGGUCCCCGCUGGUUGACAGCACCUUCAUGGUUCUUGCACAGCUCCAUUCAGAGGGCAUCUCAUCUGAGAUCAACACCAGCCCAUGCAGGUAUGAUGGAAGUUAUACCAGCUGCAGAAAGGAAUGGUACUGAAGGUGGAGAUGAAGAAGAAAAAAAACAGCAGAUUGUCCCCCAGGAACAGCUGGUCCAAGAGCAACAUCAGGCUGUUCCAGUGGCACCUGUCUCCAAUAGUGGCAACCCCAGUUUGCUUCCACCUCCGCCACCACAGACAGCUGCAUCGCCUGAACAGCCAAGUAGCAUGUCUGACUGGGAUACGGAGGACACUGCUAGCAUAUCAGACACAGCUUCUGUUAGCAGUGGCUGUAGCUCUACUGGAUCACAAGGCAAAAAGAAACGGGGCCCAGCCUUGAUGACAAAAGUUUUAAAGAAAAAGAAGCUUCUCCGUACUCGGAAACGUGCUCCCCCUGUACAGUUGACACCUGGAACACGUGUUGUUGUAGAAACACUUUCAACUUCUUCAGUAGCUGAUGUGGUGUGGCAGGAUGGUUCUGUAGAGUACAAUAUUCCAUCAACUGAGCUGUAUCCAAUACACCAUCUGGAUGAUCAAGAAUUCUUUCCUGGAGAUUUUGUGAUUGAAAACAAGGAGGAUGCAUGCAUGAGAGUGUAUGGUGUUGUUCAAAGUGUGGACCAUGCUGGACGUACUGCCACUGUCAAAUGGUUCAAGACAUAUGCUUCUCUCGAAACUCCACAACCUCAGCUUUUGGAACAGAAUGAAGUUAGUGUGUAUGAUCUGAAAGACCAUCCAGACUUCCAGUAUCGACCAGGUACUGUGGUAAUCAGGGUGGCAAACUUUGAAGGAGAGGAUGCAAAUUGCACUGCAGGUCAAGUGCUAGAUAAUUAUCCAGAAGGAAAGGUUCGUGUCUGGUGGGUUGACGGACAUAUCAGCAUGUCCUGGCCACAGGAUCUGUAUAAAGUUGGUGAAUAUGACAGUGAUGAGGGAGAAUUCUGGGAUGAUAAUAGUAGUGAAGCUUCUUGGGAGACGGAAUCUGAAGAUUGCUUCAUUGCUGAAGAAGUUGGCCAGGAAGAUGAACUGCAAGAAAUGUUGAAGCCCAAACUAGCAGCCAACAUAGAAAAGGCCAGAAUUGCCAUGUCUCGGCUGGAGGAAAUUUUUACUCAAAACCCUGCAUUACAGACAACAUCUGUAAUGCGUCAGCUUCUUGAUGUUUACAAAGAUUGUAGGUAUCUGGAUAAACUGAUGGGUACAUCUUUCUUCCAUGAAAGCCAUUUCCAAGGAUUAUUGGAACGUGUUCGUGAACGUGGUCGUGCAAAUGUAGCUCAGCGUGUUGCCGAUCAAGUGAAUAGAUUGUUUCAUCGGAAUCAACAGGUACCUGCUAUUGACCAGGAUGACUCUGGCGACCAGGACAUUGAUCCAUCACGUGAUAUUGCAUUAGCAUCUGGAGAGUUCCUUUUGAGUGAGAACUUGGCAAGCCUUGAAAGGCGUGUCGUGACUGCUGCUAACAAUUCACGAAACUCAGAGACUGCACCAAGCCGGAAAUUACAAGAGAAACCAUCUGCUGCAACUAACUUGAGUAAAUCUGAAGGUGUACCAGGCAGUGGACAACAGCAACAAGCUUCUGAAGGCAGAGCUGCGAGGUAUAGCUCCCAGGCACAGCAGCAGAAUCAGCAGCAGCCUACUGUUGCAAAUUCACAUGUUUGUGUCAAGUUGUGUGCACUUAUCAAGGCCCAGCUUGUACAAGCCCAUGCUGAAGUUACACGGAGGUUUGGUGGUAAUCAGGGACUUAUGGCAUUAAGUGAUGCUUUGAGUGAAUCACCUCAUCCUGGAGAGAAGCAGGAUGCUGAAGAACCAGAACCAAUGGAAGAGGACUUGCCAGCAGUUGCAGCUGUGCCUACAAAUGAUGCAAAAACUCCUUCACAGAAGGCCAAAGCAACUGUAGGUCAGCCAGGCAAGACAUUUAGGGUGUCGGCAUCAAACAAUACCAAGGCUCCCACCUGCCCUACAGGGGACGAGCUGCCAGUGGAACCUUCCCAGAAGGAAAAGUCAUCUGGUCCAGAAACGCCAUCCAGUCCUGCACCAACUGCUCAAGGAGCUGCCGCUGCAGAUGAAGAUGUGGGGGAAGCUUUCUCUGUUAUGGAGGCAGCACCUAAUAGCCACAAAUUUAAGCUGACAAUGUUUCAACCGACCGACCCACAGAAUUUCUUCCGCACAGUUCGCAAAGAGUUAAAGUUGCUCCGAACCUCAUUACCAGAUGGCAUAUGGGUAAAAGGCUUCGAGGACCGAAUGGAUCUCUAUUCAGUGAUGAUCCGUGGACCAGAGCGGACACCUUAUGAAGAUGGGUUAUUCUUCUUUGACUUCCAACUGUCAGCAGAUUAUCCAAAAGCUCCACCACUAUGUCAUUACAUCAGCUAUUGCAGUGAUCGUUUGAACCCAAAUCUUUAUGAAGAUGGGAAGGUUUGUGUUAGCUUACUUGGUACCUGGAGUGGGAAAGGAACAGAAGUCUGGACAUCUAAUUCGAAUCUUCUGCAAGUAAUUGUUUCCAUUCAAGGUCUCAUACUAGUGAGUGAACCAUACUUCAAUGAAGCUGGUUAUGAGAAACAGAAAGGUUCACAGCAAGGAAAAGAAAAUUCUCGAAUGUACAAUGAAAUGGCUGUGCUAAAAUUGGUUCAGGCAAUGACAAAGCUGCUUCUGCAACCUCCUUCAGUUUUCAAAGAAGAAAUCAUCAUGCAUUUUAACAAUAAUGCCAGCAAAUUGCUGAGGCGGUUGGAAUCAUGGCUGGACAUCUCAGAGCGAUACAAUUCAUCACAUCCCCUGUCGCCUACAACACCAACUACGUUCCGUCAGCUGCAUGAGACAGAAUUAACAAAUGACUUGAAAGUCCCGCUACCUGAUUUUCCUCUGAUUCCUGCCUCGAAAGGAUUCUGUCUCACACUACGCAAAACUUUGGUCACAUUCCGUGAGGUUCUUGCAUCGGUGGGUGUCCUGACACCCGCCAGUUAGUACAUGCUUCAUCCACAUUGCCUACAUUUAGCAACAAGUUGCCUCAGCGCUCACUAUAGGCACUCUGCGGUAGGCCAUGCUGCCAUCCCUCCCAAAUAUUUAUUUAUUCUUUCUGCCCAGUCACUGGCACUACCGUAUAAUGAAGAAUGGACACGGACUUAACUGUUGUUUUGUUGGUGAUUAUAGUAUUGGUGACGUAUUGAAACAAUCUUUUACCUUCAUCUUUAUUUAAGAGUAACUCCAGUGUCAAAAAACUUAACUGCAGCAUAGGAAUUUCCUUAAAAGCAAACUACACCUCUUCUACAUCGUAUGUUUGGAGAAAAGACUAUAAACAUGUAGAAUUUGCUAGUAUUUUUUGUUCAUACUUUAAUUGUAAAAUUUAGAUCGGUCAUAAUAAAUAAAAAUCAGUAAAGAGAAUAUUGUACAGUACAUCCACUCCUUAGGUAUGAGCAGUCACUUUUCCACACAACUGUGAUGCAACGAAAUGCUGUGCUGCUACUGUUGCUGCUCUUUGUAAGUUUUGACAUCAUGUCAGUACGAGUAUAGGCAUUGCUCCUGACCUUCGUUUCUUCUGUUAAUAAAUUUUCUGUUAACUCAGGGAGUUCUGAUAAUUUUGUCUGGCUCUUGUGAUCGUGUGUAAUGUAAGGACAUUGAAAAGUGGUGCUGAAAAAUAUAUCAUCAUGUAGAUAAAUAUUUAAAAAUGAACUGUUGUAUAUUUAAUGUAUGUAUAUCUGCUGUGUAAUUGUCAAUAUGUGAAGUACCACAGUGAAGGGAAUUCCUAUCCCAAGACAGUCAAGAUUAUCAGUUAACUGUGUUUGAUUGUUUUUACUCUGAUUUUGUGUAACAAAACACAGCAUUUUUCAGUGUGUAAUGUGAAGAAACUGUUAUUUAUAAGACUCUUUGAAAAGGCAUUUUUAUGGAACAGAACUGGUUCUUGCUCUGCAUGCAAUUGCUCCGUUGUAAAUUACAUACACAUAUAUAUUUUUUCCUGAUACUAUAAUAAGAAAUAUCUGGUAUAUUGUUGAAGUGUAAAAUGCAAGCACAAAAAUAAAAUUAAGUUUGGUUCGUUGA